AGACGUUGCAGUUAUCGCCUUGCGUGAGGGCGAUCGGAGGUAAAAUAUGUGUAUGCCUGAUUAUGCCUGACAUAUUCAUCUUACUGCAGCAUUGUGGAAUGCGGAGAAAGCUACGUGACUGGCGCGGGGCUGCUUGCUCAACACCACCACCACCACCAUCGUCCUUCACUGCAACAAACACUUAUAACCUGCCAACCCGCAGGGCUUGAUCGCCCGAUUUUCGAAAGCUUCUUUGUUUCCUAUUUACUUACUUUCAACUACAGAUUCGCCUCCUUCAUCGACUCUCCUUUGUCUCCAUUGGACUUGUAGAUUUCCACCACGCGAUUGGCCAAUCUCGUAGCUAACUACCACCAACAUGGCCACACAUUCGCGUAAACAGAUCGUUGUCUGCGUCAGCAUAAUCUACCAUAUUCUCUUGACAGCCCUAGCAGCAUGCGGCUGGUCACGUGCCACCAAGUUCCAACUCCCCAUAUCUGACGUACUGAUGGGCUUCGCGACAGUCCUACCCUGCGCGUCCGGUAUCCUCCUCUGGAGCGGGUACGACUUGACGAGCGCGCAAGAGCGUCGAGACCGCGAGCCCAAAGGUAGCACGCCGCGCCCACCUCUCGUCACCUUCGCAAACACCGUCAUAUUCAUCUAUUCUACCGUCGUGAUGACACUACUGGGCACGCACGCCGCGCCACCAGCAGGCUUGAAUUGCGGGCUCGAGGACCGGUGGAAGCGGCUUUUCAUGGCCAAGAACAGCGAGGUGGUCAGGACCAUCCAGGAGGCGUUGCAGUGCUGCGGCUUCGUCAACUCGCAUGAUCGCGCGUGGCCGUUUCCGGAUAGGAGCCAUGAUGCUCAUGCGUGCGAGAAGGCGUUUGGGUAUACGAGGGGGUGUCUGGGGCCGUUGAAGGCGGAGGAACAGAGGGUCUCGGGUAUGCUUAUGGCUACGGUUGGUUUGGUGUUCAUUUGGCAGGUCGUAAUUAUAGUGUACCCCACCAAGCGCGACUCCUGGCUCCACCGGGUCAUGCCCGAGCAACUUCGACAAAUGAUUCUCGAGGCGAGACAACAACAUGGGGAUGGUGAUGGUGGGCCCCGUCGUGCCAUCGAUUACCUUCCUACGUAUCGGGAUAGAGUGGAGGAGGAGGACGUCACUGACGAGGAAGAUGGUGGUGUCGAAUCUCAGGGACGGCGCGCCAUCACGGAAGACAGGGAGAGGGAGCGUAGCGCUCUGUCGGAGAUGGCGGAUGGACAGCACAGCUCCAUCGUCGAGAAUGAGUGGACUCGUGGGUGAUCGUGUCGCGGGCUACGCAUCAGACAUGUCGGAAAAUUGAUUUCGAAUGGUCAUGCUCAGUGAAUGAUGGAAAUGGCGGAUGCAUUUUCCUUUCUCCGGUUACGAAUUCAUGAUACGGUCCUAUGAUGAAUGUAUCAUUAGCAAG